AGAUUUUUUUGCACUUACCACCGGAAAAUAAUCAUUUAUAUAGAAAGUUACUAUGUAUGAAAGAGGGGAACUUUGAAUAAAAUAAAUAUAAAAAAAAAAAAAAAGGGGGAAAACAAUUGAUCAAAGUGACAUGUUUUUUUCAUGUUCCAUUCUUCCAUAUGGAUAUUGAAGUUGAAUAAUUGUAGGCCCAAAAAAGGCAUUUAACGUCAUUUUAACCAACUUUCUCACUGUCUAGUCUCAACCAACUAAUUUUUUUUUUUUUUCGAUAAUUCUCAACUAACUAAUUUCACGUGUCCAAAACCUGACUCUCUCUCUCUCUCUCUCUCUCGUCUCUCUCUUUCCUACUACUGCUACCACCACCUUGCAUAACUACUGAUCAACUCCUUUUCUCAAACUCUCAAACUUCAUAACUCUUCUGUCUUUUUUUCAAGCAGAUCGAGAAAGCAUAGAACUAACCAAUCAUGGAAGAAGUACUACUAAACAGGUCUUUGACUCUUGAAGAAAACCCUCAACUUGACGGCAUUGCCAAUGAAGCUAGCGGUUCCUCCGCCCCCACAAGGGUGGUUCUCCUCAGCAUCUUUGUCGCCGCCUCCGGUUCCUUCGCUUAUGGGUGUGCUUCUGGAUUUUCAUCUCCUGCUGAGUCUGGUAUCAUGACUGACCUGGGCCUCUCUACUGCAGAUUACUCACUUUUUGGUUCAGCAUUGACAAUUGGAGGAAUGCUAGGUGCAGCAGUAAGUGGAAAAAUUGCAGAUCUCAUUGGCCGGAGAGGAGCUAUGUGGUUCUUGCAAAUAUUUUUCAUCACAGGGUGGCUUUCAAUAAUUUUCGCGAAGGGAGCUUGGUCGCUUGACAUUGGUAGACUAUCAUUGGGAAUUGGAGCUGGGAUGAAUUGUUAUGUGGCAAAUGUAUAUAUCGCUGAAAUCACACCUAAGAGAAUUCGCGGAGGAUGUACAGUCUUUAAUCAGUUAUCCAUAUGUUAUGGCAUAUCACUGAUGUUUUUCGUUGGAAAUGUCGUUACUUGGCGCGUCUUGGCUGUAAUAGGAACUGCACCAAGUCUGGUACAAGUUAUCGGUUUGUUCUUCAUACCAGAGUCUCCGAGAUGGUUGGCAAAGAUUGGUAAAGUGAAAGAGUUCGAAGCAACACUACAACGUCUGAGGGGAGCAAAAUGCGAUAUUUCUCAAGAAGCAGCUGAAAUCAGGGAUUACACAGAAGCUCUUCGAUUACUCCCACAAUCCAGAAUUUUAGACUUGUUUCAUCGGAAAUAUGCUCAUGCACUCAUUGUUGGAGUCGGGCUAAUGUUACUGGUACAAUUGGGAGGGAACGGUGGAAUUGCAUUUUAUGCAAGCUCUAUUUUUGAAGCUGGUGGUUCCUCGGCUAGUGUUGGCACUACAGCAAUGGCUAUUAUUCAGAUUCCAUGCUCCAUUUUGGGUGUAUACUUGAUGGAUAAAUGUGGACGACGAACACUUUUGAUGGUUACUGCAGCUGUAACAUGCUUGGGAGCCUUUCUUGCAGGAUUGGCAUUCCUCUUGCAGGAUUUUGAUCAACCAAAGGAGCUCUCUGCCGCAUUGAUUCUGAGUGGCAUACUGGUAUAUGCUGCUGGUUUUUCAACGGGCGUGGGUGGUACACCAUUUGUUAUCAUGUCAGAGAUAUUCCCUAUAAACAUCAAGGGUUCAGCUGGAAGCUUGGCAAAUUUAACCAACUGGUUUGGUUCUUGGGUUGUUUCCUAUUCUUAUAACUUCUUAUUUGAAUGGAGCUCAGCAGGAGUAUUCUUCAUGUACACAAUUGUUUCCGGAUUAAUCGUUGUAUUUGUUGCAAUCCUGGUGCCAGAGACAAAAGGAAGAACAUUAGAAGAAAUACAAGCAUCCAUGAUUGAUCUCUUCCACUGAGAUACUGUUUUGAAAAUAAAAUCAAUGCUACAAUGUUUCCAUUUUUUUUGGGUACUCACAUAUUAUCUUUAAGCUCCAGUUUCUUUGUUUUUCAAAUUUUUUUUUUUUUUAAAUAUUAUUCUUGUUUACUUUCUAGUGUGAUGGUUCAUUUUUAUCUGGAGGACAUCUUUCAGUAUUCAUCAUCUGGCUAGAUUACAUCAUUUCACUUUUUAUUUAUUUAUUAUUAUUUUCCACCCUUCAUCUGGAUAACAUCUUUCAGUAUUCAUCAUUUGGACUUUCAAAAAGGAGCCUCACAUGUCUUUUUCUGGCC